AUUUUCUAUUGUGGUUGAAGGAGUAAUGCAAGUAUUUACAAGAAUUACUAAUGAAAAUUCUAAAAUUCCUGAUUUUGAAGAUGAACUGACUCAAGAUCGUUCAGAUAUAUUAAUUAUAGGAAAUCAAAGAUAUCAAUUAUUAAAUGAAGUAAAAAGUGGAGCACCAUUAAGCUCUCUUAUAAGUACUUUGGAUUUAUUUAAUCCAACUUAUUUUGAGGAUGAUAUGACUAAUAAUUUGAGUAAUUUUAAUCUUUCAAAUGAUUCUAUAUCACCUACAAAUCCUUCAAAUGGUCCUGGUAUAUCUCCAUUUGAUAAUAUCUUAUCUAAUGAUUCAACCACAGCAGCAGAUUCUCCAAGGUUAGUUAGUCAUGCUCCUAUUCCAGAGUAUCCUGAAAUAGUUGCCAGACCAAAACCUAAUAAUCAUCAUCACAGGGUAAAUAAGCAUCGACUGCAACUGCAACUGCAGCUGCAACUGAAACUGCAACACCACCACCACCAUCACCAUCACCAUCAUACAGGUGAACAAGAUCCUCAAAGUGCUACUAUAGCAAUUAUCCCAUAUCUGGCAUUCCAAAGGGUUCAAUCAAAAUAUCCAAAGGCUACUUCGCAUAUAGUUACUAUGGUACUUACAAGAUUAUAUAAAGUUACUAUGAAUACUAUUCAUAAUUAUUUAGGUUUAACUAAAGAAUUAAUGGAAAGUGAAAUCCAAUUAAAUGACAUGGAUCCAAGUCCAACGGCAAAUCUUCCUCGGUAUCUCUAUGAUGGAUUACUUGAAAAAGUUUAUAAUGAAGAAAACCAUAAUGAAGAAAACAAUCAGCCAGCUGCAAUGCCUGAAUUAUCAUCACAUUCUUCAACCACAAAUUCAAAUAAUUUAAGUAAACUGCAUUAUUCUAAUGGUUCAUCUAGAUAUGUUGUACUUGAUUCAAAUUUAAAAUCAACUCAUCCUGGAGAUCUUUUAUCUUCCGUACCAUUAUCUCGUAAAUCAGAAUAUUAUCAAACUCAUAGUGAUCAAUUACCUCCAACAUUUUCUCCUUCAGCAAGUAGAAAGAAUAUUAGACUUGCUUCAUCGACUAUAUCUCCUGAUACUACAUUAAAGAGUAAUCCAUCUAAUUUAAAAUUCUCUAUGUUUUCUGAUGAUACAGAAGAAAGUGAAGAUAAAUCUGUUCGAGUCGCUAUAAUUGAAAAUAUAUUUAAAUUAUUAGGAAUUAAUGAAAGAUCAGCUUUAUUAUUUUCUAAAUUAUCAAAUUUACAUUCAGGUCAAUCCUCAAGAUCUUCUUCAAUUGUUGGAUUACCUGGACUUAUGCGAUAUAGUGGUAGUAAUCAAAUUAAUCCCUUUGGUAAUGGGAUUUCUAAUAUUAAUAAUAAUAAUAAUAAUGGAAAUUUCGAUCCAUUAACUGGUAGAUUUAAAUUUGAUACAUUAUCUACUGUAUCUUCAACUCCUAUAAGUCGAAGUUCAACUCCUAUAAAAGUUUAUAAUACCUUAAAUCAAGCACAAUUAAUGAAAUUAGGUAAUAAUAGUUCAACUGAAUUAAGUGUUAAUUUUAUUAAAAAAUCUGGUAGUACAGGAUCUCAACCAGAUAUUAAUUUAGAUGCUGUAAGAAAUGAAUUUUCAAAAGUAUUACAUAUUAAAUAUUAUGGUCCAAAUAGUAUUAUUGUUGAACAAGGUACUUUUAAUUCAGGAUUAUUUUAUGUAAUAGAUGGUUCAUUAGAUAUUUUACAUUUACCUCAAACAACUUCUGAUUUUGGUCCAUCUAAUACUCAUUCAUCUCCUAAAAGACUUUAUACUAUUAGACCAGGAGGUUUAGCAGGUUAUCUUACUUCUAUUGUAGGAUUUAGAUCUUUAGUCUCAAUAAAGACAUCUUCAAAGGGAGCAAUUGUUGCUCAUAUCUCCAAAUCAGAUUUUUCAAAAUUAAUUGAUAAAUAUUAUUUCUUACAAUUACCAGUAGCUACUAAAUUAAAGACUUUAUUAUCAAAACAAAUACUUACUAUUGAUUAUUCAUUAGAAUGGUGUCAUAUUCCUGCUGGUAAUGUACUUUGUUCACAAGGAGAUUUAGCUAAUGGAUUUCAUAUAGUCUUAAGUGGUAGAUUUAGAGCUGUAAGAUCAAAUAAAGUAAUAUCAAAUAAUGAAGAAGAAUUUGAUGAUCUUAGUGAUGAUUUUGGUGAUGAAAAUUUUAUUGAUGAAUCAACUGAUCAUAGAUCAACAAAUGAAGAUAUUGAAGUAUUAGGUGAAUAUGGUCAUGGAGAAGCUAUAGGAGAAGUUGAAGUUUUAACUGCAUCUAGAAGAACUAAUUCACUUAUUGCUGUAAGAGAUUCAGAAACUGCUAGAAUCCCAAGAACUUUAUUUGAAUUACUUUCUUUACAAGAUCCAUCAGUUAUGAUUAAAGUAUCUAGAAUUGUCGCUAGUAAGGCAUUAACCAAAGUUAAUGCUCUUAAUCAAUAUGCUUCAUUUAAUUCUGGUUCAAUAUCAUCAUCUACUGUUCCACAUAUUUCAAAUGAGUAUAAGACUAUAACUAUUUUACCAACCGUUCUGGGAUUACCAGUAAGAGAAUUUGCUGAUAAAUUAGUAGCGGCUCUUAAAGCAAUUGGUAGAAAUGUUAUUUCUUUAGAUCAGGCAUCUACUUUAACUCAUUUAGGAAGACAUGCCUUUGAUGAAAGAUUGGCUCAAUUGAAAUUAUCAGGUUAUUUUGCAUAUUUAGAAGAAGAAUAUGAAACUAUUGUAUAUGUAUGUGAUACUCCAUUAAAAUCAAAUUGGACUUCAACUUGUAUUUCUCAAGGUGAUUGUAUUUUAUUACUUGCCGAUGCUGAAGAUGAUGAAGUAGCAACUGGUGUAGGUGAUUAUGAAAGAUUAUUAAUGAAAUUUAAGACUACAGCUAGAACAGAUUUAUGUUUAAUGCAUCCUGAAAAAUAUGUGGUACCUGGUUCAACUAGUAUUUGGUUAAAGAAUAGAUUAUGGGUUCAAGGUCAUCAUCAUAUUCAAAUGUCAAUUCCUAAACAAUCACUGAAACAAACUGAUUCUAAACGUCCUAAUAUCAUUAGUGAUUUGGCUGCAAAAAUUAGUAGUAAAACUAAUCCAAGUAUUAAAUUAAGUUUUGAGAAUGUUAAAACUCGAGCUAUAUCAUCUCUUGUCAAAUUAAAUGCCUUUUCAAGACAUGAUGAAAAAGUUGUUCAAAAUCAUAAAAAUGAUUUCUUAAGAUUAGCAAGAAUCUUAUCUAAUGAAGGCGUAGGUUUAGUAUUAGGAGGUGGUGGUUCACGAGGGAUUUCUCAUGUUGGAGUUGUUACUGCAUUAGAAAGACAUGGUAUUCCAAUUGAUAUUAUAGGUGGUACAUCAAUUGGAUCAUUUGUUGGUGGUCUUUAUGCUAAAGAAUAUAAUAUUGUAUCAAUCUAUGGUUGGUCAAAGAAAUUUUGUAAAAGAGUUGCAUCACUUUGGAGAUCACUUUUUGAUUUAACUUAUCCUGUAACAUCUUAUAUUACUGGUUAUGAAUUUAAUAGAGGGAUUUGGAAAGUAUUUGGAUUUACAGAAAUUGAAGAUUUUUGGAUUAAAUAUUUUUGUAAUUCCACUAACUUAACCAAUUCAACUAUGGAUAUUCAUGAGACAGGAUAUCUGUGGAGAUUUAUUCGAGCAUCUAUGUCUUUAGCAGGACUUUUACCUCCUAUUGCAUAUAAAGGAUGUAUGUUAAUGGAUGGUGGAUAUCUUGAUAAUCUACCAGUUCUGGAAAUGAAGAAGAAAGGUGCAAAAUAUAUUUUUGCAGUGGAUGUAGGAUCAGUAGAUGAUAAAUCUCCUAUGGAUUAUGGAGAUACAUUAUCAGGAUUAUGGGUUAUCUUUAAUAGAUGGAAUCCAUUCUCCAAACAUCCUAAUGUUCCAACCAUGACAGAUAUUCAAUUAAGAUUAGCAUAUGUAGCUAGUGUUAAUGCUUUAGAACUUGCUAAGAAAACUCCUGGUGUCAUUUAUUUAAGACCUCCUAUUGAUGGAUAUGCUACUUUAGAUUUUGGUAAAUUCGAUGAGAUUUAUCAUGUUGGACUUUCUUAUGCUGAUAAACUCAUUACUUCUUGGGAACAAUCAGGUAAAAUGCCUCCUAUAGCAGGUAUGGUUGAUACUGAUGAUACUGAUAAUAAUGAUCAUAAACGAGUUAGAUACAGACGGAAUUCUAUAUAAAAGAUUUUAUAUGUAAGUUAUUUAUUUCUUCUGUUGCAGCAAUUUUUUUGCACCCUGAAAAAUAAAAAUAAAAAUUAACAAGAUAGAAAAAAAAUAAUAAUUAAAAAAUAAAAAUGAAAAAUUCAAUUAGUUAACUCCA